UUUGUUUACGUGUAGCGACAAUUUCUUCUGAUUUAUAUAAAAAAAAACUGUGAAAUUUCAAUAUGAUACACAGUUUGUUUAUUAUUAAUAACAGCGGAGAUGUUUUCUUGGAGAAACACUGGCGUUCAGUUGUCUCACGAUCAGUUUGUGAUUACUUCCUCGACGAGCAGCGUAAUGCACCAUAUGAUGUGCCACCAGUUAUUUCUACACCACAUUAUUAUUUGAUUACUGUACAGCGUUGUGGUGUGUCUUUGGUCGCUGCGUGCAAGCAGGAGGUGCCGCCACUCUUUGUUAUAGAAUUCUUACAUCGUGUAGUUGACACAUUCGAGGAUUACUUUGGAGAUUGUUCAGAAAAUGUUAUUAAAGAAAACUGUGUUGUUGUUUAUGAACUUUUAGAUGAAAUGUUAGACAAUGGUUUUCCUUUGGCAACCGAAAGUAACAUAUUAAAAGAGUUGAUCAAGCCACCAAACAUUUUGCGUACUAUUGCCAAUACUGUAACUGGAAAGAGCAAUGUCAGUACAACAUUGCCAUCGGGUCAAUUGUCCGCCAUACCAUGGCGUCGUAGCGGUGUACGUUAUAAUAACAAUGAAGCAUACUUCGAUGUCAUUGAAGAAGUUGAUGCUAUAAUAGAUAAAUCUGGUUCAACAGUUUUCGCUGAAAUUCAGGGCUAUAUUGAUUGCUGCAUUAAGUUGUCUGGCAUGCCCGAUUUAACACUCUCUUUCAUGAAUCCGCGUUUAUUUGAUGAUGUCUCAUUUCAUCCUUGCGUACGCUUUAAACGUUGGGAAGCUGAGAGACUCUUAUCCUUCAUACCACCUGAUGGUAAUUUUCGUUUGAUGUCAUAUCACAUAAGCGCACAAUCAGUCGUUGCUAUUCCCAUAUACAUACGUCAUAAUUUCUCGAUUAAGACUGGUGAACAAGGACGUUUAGAUUUGACAGUGGGUCCUCGCACUACUCUCGGACGCACAGUUGAUAAAGUCAAAUUAGAAAUAACAAUGCCAAAAUGUGUUUUGAAUUGUGUUUUAACGCCGAAUCAAGGCAAAUAUACAUUUGACUCCGUAACAAAAACCUUAUCUUGGGAUGUGGGGCGUAUAGAUGUAACUAAACUACCAAACAUAAGAGGAACCGUAUCCAUUACGCCUGGCAGUACAAACAUCGAUGCAAAUCCUUCAAUCAAUGUGCAAUUUACUAUAUCACAGCUAGCUGUGUCUGGUUUGAAAGUAAAUCGAUUAGAUAUGUAUGGUGAAAAAUAUAAGCCUUUUAAAGGAGUUAAAUAUAUAACUAAGGCAGGCAAAUUCCAAGUCCGAAUGUGAGAUGAGUAAAAUACAAUUCCAAUAAUUCUUUCUGUUAUAUUAGCUACUUAAAAAAAUUUAUAUUGAAAGUAGAAAAGAAAUUAAAAAUCUCGAAAAGCUAUUGCUAUUGUAAAAUUUCGCAUGAUUGAUUCAUAUAAAAUACAUUAUUUACUUUUAAGGAAGUAUUUAUACAUGCCAGUUGUGCAUAUAAAUUAUUAUAUAUUCAAAAUAUUUAUUCCAACAUAUUGAAUAUGUAACGAACGUGUUCGAAAAUCUUGAUAUAGC